UAACGAGUAGACAGAAGCAGACGUACGCCGAAGAGAGUGAGAGGUGUGAAGGAAAUCUGACCGGAAAUAAAAAACUAAACAACAAAAAAAACAAUCUUCAUGGGGGGAAAAAAAGAUGGUUCAUGAUAUUCUCCAAUUAUGGAAUGAAAGAUACACAAGGAAGGAGCAUAUUAUAUGGAAAGGAAAUGGACUGAACGAGAAAGAAGGGAUACGCUCUGAUACACACUGAGACAGAAAGACAUCUGGAGUCAAGGAGACCAAUCAAGCAGCACGUGUAAUUGCAGACAAACAGCCUCGAAGGAUUAUGAAAUGAAAUGAGCAAAUGCUGAGACACAAGAAGUUUUACAACUAAUGAGACCAUACAGGGCAUGCUGACUUUAGUCUUUCUCACCCACACACUUUGCUUUCAAUGAAGCGUAAUCAUUCUUGGAUAGACAAACAUGCCAACUAAGAGAGCUCCCUCCCCCUUUGGCUGCGGCUCUGGGGGUUGAACCUGUCAGUACAGGCCAUGGGCCGUAAGGCAGCUGGCACGAAUAAUCCAGUGCCAGCGCUGGGAGGACGUGGAGUUCUGUCACAGAAAUGGGGACCUCUUUGCAGUGUAGGGGUGCAGACGUCACCGGGACUACGCUCACUUCCCUCCUUAAAAAGAAGGAGUCAUCCCACGGGGACAGUCCGUGGGAAUUCUGUCCCUGUGGAAACCAUGUCUCUAGACAGAGCCAAGCCUUCUUUGGGGCAAUUUCGAAACUGCACAAGCAAAGUAUCCCAGGAUGAGACAUCACAAGAUGGCAGCGUCUACUGCCAGAUUGAAUCGCUCCGAACAAACCCUAGCCAGUCAGGCUGCAGAGGAAAUUUUAAACGAAACCCUCGCUUCAUCAAUGGCAGUGUAGUAGCAUCUGAAUUGGUAGAAGGGGUCUGUAGUGAGGGGGUGGAGACUGGAGAGGUGGGAAGUCAAAGAGAGACUGAAAUGCGAAUUCAGAAGAAUGGUCAAUCACUAAAAGGGGAGAAGACAUGCCCUCUAGUGCAGUGUGGGGGUGUGAGGUCAUAUGCUACACAUCCCCGUCCAUGUAGUGUAAUGACAUCAUCCAGACCAUGCACAGCAUGUGGACGAAAAUUACAAGCUCCACCCUGCAUUGCAUCUGCAUGCCAGAAACGAGAUACCAGUCAGAUUCGAGCAAGCAUGACCCUUCCAAUGCCACCCAAAAAAAAGGAUGUACCUAGACUGCAGAAACAGCAGUCUACAGACAUGCACACAACUUACAACUCACACACAUCUAUCGCUUACACUCUUGCUGGGAGCACACACAAAGAGAGCUCUCUUGAUAAAAGUGACAGAACUACACAAGAAACAAAGACUCAACCAAAUGAUCCAUGCACACACCCACACAACAAAACAUGUAACAAAAACCCAGCAAAUUUACAAACAUCUACAAAUUCAUGUAAACAAAAAACAUUAGAACACUCAAAAACCAACAAAUUACAGACAAGAUCUUUGACAAACAAAACACAGCAAAAAGAAUCUACAGCAGCUCAGAAACAACAUGCCCCAAAAGAUGUACAGCUUACAGCAGAGUACACAAAUAGCCAAACUUACGCAACUAUUGCAUCUGCUCCUUCAUCUGUCUCCACCACCCCUAAACCACCUCCCACUGUGCUUUCUAUUGGAUCAGAAUCACGAACCACACCUUCUCUCACAAAUAAAAAUGCCUCUAAUUGCAAACCUUCAGAGCUAACAACUAAACUAAUAUCACCAGAGAUUCAAAAUGCCUCAGAGACCAAAGGAACCUCCCAAACCCAGCCCCUGAACCAAGAACAGAAAUCUGCGAUUACCCCAGAAACUAAACCACAACUGGAAGACUGUCAACCUCUACAGAAGACCCUGACAGAAGCACAGGUCCCACUGUGCAAUGGGGUGCCAUCAACCCUCCAUGGACUACUACAGAACAUAGAGGAAAACCUGCUGUCCAACCAAGAGAAGAUUAAAGUUCUUCUCAAUGUCAUUCAAGACCUGGAGAAGAGCAAGGCCAUGAGUGAGGGACGCUGUUCUUACCGAACCGGGCAGGACAUCAACAACUGCUCGACCUGCCAGAAAACAGCUUGCAUCAUUUACAGUGUGGAGCAUGAUUUCCGUCUGCAGGAGGGCCGCUUCCAGAGUGUCCUUGAGGCAUUGGACAUGGAGUAUGAUGUUCCUUCUUUCCCUAAAAUGGACCCCUCUCGACCACGAAACAAGAACCGCAUCAAGAAACUCCGUCGGAAGUGCUUCUGGUGGCUAUAGCCUUCGGCACUGGCUGCCAAGGCAACGAUUACCAUGAGCAUCGCUAUUACAGCGGCAGGCUCUGUGCAUUCCAAUUACAGGAGACUUGUCCGUAGCCAAGGAACAGCUCUAUGAGCUUGUGGCUUUUUAGGUGUGAAAACAGUUUGAUUUGUAAUUAUGGAGUUACACCAGCACUGUCAUCAUGGAGAUAUUAUAUUCAAUCCUAGAAUGUUGCUAAUCAUGAGAAUAAAAGAUUACUGAGAAUAAUCUCAUGGCCAAACCCCGAGAACAACGGUUUUGGUUUUUGCUCUCCAUUUAAAAUCCAAGAAUUUCUUUUUUGUGUCUUUCAUGUUUUAAAUUUCUGUCUAAAAAAACAAACAGGCACACCAACCAGGAUAAUGGAAACUGUAAGAUACGUCUGAUGCCCCAAGAGACCUAAGCAAGACACAGGCAGUCAAUAGGCCCUCUUUGAUGAUUGACACAACUGUGAUUCAGUCAAUACUACCCUUCACGGUGACUGUCAGAAAUCUAACCCAAUAGAGACAAUCUGUCUCAAAUGGCGAUAUUUCAGCACUGCAUUCACCAGCUGAAGGAGAAAUGUAGACGUACUCAGCACUAACUGCAGUUUAAACUCAAUGUGGUUCUAGAAAUCUUAUAAAAAUGAGUAGAGCAGUAGAGACAAUUGUUCAGAUUUUUUUUUAACUGGUUGCUUCAUGCGUGACAGUCUUGAACAUGGGCAGUGCAGGAUUUGCUGGUUAUGCUGGUGAAUAUUCCUUAAUUUUCAUCCUAAUCCCUAUCUAGCACAUGUAUACAAUGGUUGAUAAAUCAUAAAUGUAUUAACUAGCUAGCUUGUCAAGUCAAAGCUCCAACGUGCUGGCUUGACCCAUACUUUUGUUGACUACAAAUCAGUAGACUAAAAUAAAAUAUUAGCACUGUCAGUGUCAUCCAGAGAUUGUAGUGAUGGUAUGUAGCAAGGCAGCAAGAAAGAUAAAUAUUUCAUGUUCUUUAUUUGGGAAGGAUGGUCUUGUGAGUUCAGGUAUGUGGAAGAGGGCACAUCACACUCUUCUCUGUAAUGCUGCCUAGUGAUACAGCAUUAAAGUCAUCUUGAAAAAAUCUGGUAGCUGUGAUGUAAUAGGGAGGAGUAGAUAGUGGAUGGAAAUCGGUGAUCAGUUUGGGGGAGAAAAUGAAAGGAAAAGAGUAUUAAUGUUAGCUAAUAACAUAUGGUGAGUAGUUUAGUGAGUUUAGUGAGUGAGUUUAGGACAAACUAAAAAAAAAAAAACAGCUUAUGAUUAUUAUCCAUUUUUAUCCACACUGAAAAAGAGGAGCUUUAAUAUGAUUUCACCUGACUGUCUCCUACUCUCACCCUGGUUAGAAUGUCAAGGUUGUAGUCUUGCAGUCACAUCACUGACAGUUUUAUUCCAAAUUUCAACAAUUGCAUGUUAAUGUUUAGAGUGAAGCCCUGCUGUUUUCCAAAUCAAAUGGAAAUAUGUGCUGAUUGUAUACCAUGCCAGCAAUGCAGAAAUAGAGAUUAGGAUGAAAAAGUGGAAUAGUCCUUUAAGCCCUGCUCCUUUUCAUGAACACCUGUCCAAAUUUCUCUCCAUAGCAAUAUAUUUUUUUGAGACUAAUGUAACAUGUACAGGAUACCGAUGAGAAAAAUUGCAAUCUAUAUGCAUUAGAGUUUCACAGUGUGACGUCAUUAGCGGUAUGGACACACACACACACAGUCUUCCACCUUUUGUCUGUCUUGAUCGUUAACACGUCCCAUUAAUGUAUUUUUGUAAGCUGCUAUUUUAAUAGGCUAAAAUGACAUUAUCCAUGAUUCUCCCUGCCACCAUUUGGCUGUAGCCACAGCUGUUUGUAUAUGGUUUAUUUGGGAUGAUAUGAAUAAAAUGUGUAUUUUGAUGCAGUGAUUGUUACCAGACUGCUGAUGGGUAAAUGGGUAAAUAUGUUG